GUUUAUUGAAUGACUGUUUAUUGUAAUGUGGGACAUAUGAGUCAGUCACCUUGCUGUUUUCCUUCACACUGUCAUAGAAUGUCAUAAAACAGACAUAAGAGGUUAGUUAUAAAUAUAUUUGGUCAUAUUCUCUCAGAAUACAGCGUGUACUCCAGCCCAGCAGGUGGCGAUGUGACUAGAUGUUUCCUGAUGCUGUACAACAUCACUGUCCCGGAAGAAGUCAGUAGUUUGUUUAGGUUUUAUUUAUUUUUUCGGACGUUGAAGCUACACAGAGACUAAACUGGCUUUGUAUCCCUGCCAUCUGAGGAACAUGGUUAGAGAGCCACCUCAACACUACUACCGCUCUACCACAGUAGAGGGCCACCUCAAUUCUACUACUGCUCUACCACAGUAGAGGGCCACCUCAACACUACUACCGCUCUACCACAGUAGAGGGUCACCUCAACACUACUACUGCUCUACCACAGUAGAGGGCCACCUAAACACUACUACUGCUCUACCACAGUAGAGGGCCACCUCAACACUACUACCGCUCUACCACAGUAGAGGGCCACCUCAACACUACUACCGUUCUACCACAGUAGAGGGCCACCUCAACACUACUACCGCUCUACCACAGUAGAGGGUCACCUCAACACUACUACCGCUCUACCACAGUAGAGGGCCACCUCAACACUACUACCGCUCUACCACAGUAGAGGGCCACCUCAACACUACUACCGCUCUACCACAGUAGAGGGCCACCUCAACACUACUACCGCUCUACCACAGUAGAGGGCCACCUCAACACUACUACCGCUCUACCACAGUAGAGGACCACCUCAACACUACUACCGCUCUACCACAGUAGUGGGCCACCUCAACACUACUACCGCUCUACCACAGUAGAGGGCCACCUCAACACUACUACCGCUCUACCACAGUAGAGGGCCACCUCAACACUACUACCGCUCUACCACAGUAGAGGGCCACCUCAACACUACUACCGCUCUACCACAGUAGAGGGCCACCUCAACACUACUACCGCUCUACCACAGUAGAGGGCCACCUCAACACUACUACCGCUCUACCACAAAUGACAUCUUUGGCUCUGCUGUGCCAGAGCAACUAAGGAAGGACUGAUGCUUCGCUUUAACAAAACAGCGGUUCUGGCCCUCCUCAUCGCUACCAGCUCUGUUUUCCUCCUAUUCCAGCUCUAUCACUACAGACAGCAUGUCUCUCAGAAUGGACCACAUAUGUUUGGAAGGACAGUUCAUCUGUCAGGAAAGGAUACUCAGUGGCAGGUGGUGAAGAAGUUCAUGGGUCUGGUCCAUAAGUACAACAUGCCAGUGUUCCUGGUGGACACAGCCUCCCUGGGCCUCCUGUCUCAGGACUCUAUGCUGCUGAGAGACAGCCUGGUUAAAGAACCCCACUGUACUUUCCUCUGCACUAACAGAGACGUCCUCACCUUCGCUCUGCUCAACAACCUUUGGAAAUACGACGCUGGUUUGGUGGCAGCAGCUGAAGAGAAGGGCUUUGAACUGUUGGAGGUGCGAGGGAAAGACCCUCGAUUGGUCAGCAUGGACGACCUAUCAGGAAACGAGAUACCCCUCCACUUCCUGUUCCGUCUCCAAGGUUACGUGGUCCAUGUGGUGGUCCUGUACGAGCGCAGCGGGAACUACCUGUGGCAUGGCGUCCUGCGACUCAAACCAAACAUGGACAGGAAGUUCGCCCCCUUCAGAAGGCUGGACUAUGGCCGCAACGCUGGAGCCUAUGACAGGCCAGAGCUGGUUCUGACCACGUUGGACGGGCUGGAUGUCCGGAUCCCCAGGAACAUCUCUGGAUUCCUGACUGAAUAUUCCCAGGCUCGUUUUCUGGAGUGUAGAUACAGGGAUGCACGCUCCUUCUUCCAGCUGUACCCUGAUGAUACGUCUCCUGAGGCAAUGAACUUCAGGAUGAAGGCUAAGGCUCUGCUCCACCUAGCUGCCAGGAUCCUCACUGAGCUCCGAGUCCCCUUCUGGCUGAGUAGUGGUACCUGCCUGGGUUGGUUUCGGCAGUGUGGCAUCAUUCCCUACAGUAAAGAUGUGGACCUGGGCAUCUGGAUUAAAGACUACAGACAUGAUAUCUCUCAUGCUUUUCAAAAGGCUGGCCUUCCGUUGAAACACAAGUUUGGAAAGGUGGAGGAUAGCCUGGAACUGUCCUUCCAGGGCCUGGAUGUUAAACUGGACAUUUUCUUCUUCUAUGAGGAAACUGACGUUGUGUGGAACGGAGGAACCCAAGCUAAGAGUGGGAAGAAAUUCAAGUAUGUGUUCCCCAAGUUUACUCUCUGCUGGACUGAGCUGAUGGACCUGAAGGUGCGUGUCCCCUGUGAGACGGUAGACUAUGUAUCAGCUAACUAUGGUCCUACCUGGAACACACCUGUAAAGACCUGGGACUGGAAGAGCUCUCCGCCCAACGUGCAGGACAACGGGGUGUGGCCUGUCAGGGAGUGGGAUGAGGUCAUCCAGGUGUACUGACAUACUGCUACACUACAUAUGAGUAGACUACAUUGAAGUACACUUAAACCACACGGAAGAAAAUGGACUGAAACAGGGAGGGACCGUCGAUCUGGACCGUCGAUCUGGACCGUCGAUCUGGACCGUCGAUCCUGUUUUUGUACAUUUUGCUACGGCGUGCACUAUGCGACCCUGAGUAUACUCUUCCGAAGUACACUACACCUGAAAACCCCACACCAAAGUAGCAACUCUAAAGACUACUACUAAGGGUGUGAGUCUGAGCUGCUGGCUUACCAUUGGCUGCUGGCUUACCAUUGGCUGCUGGCUUACCAUUGGCUGCUGGCUUACCAUUGGCUGCUGGCUUACCAUUGGCUGCUGGCUUACCAUUGGCUGCUGGCUUACCAUUGGCUGCUGGCUUGCCAUUUGGCUGGUGGCUUACCAUUGGCUGGUUGGUUGUGAACUGCAGACCACUACUGGACUCUCUUCCUCCUUUGGACUGAAGCAACUGUCUAUUGAUAUGUAAUGUGUGUUCCUUGUUUGAAAUACUGUAUAACGUUGACAAAAAGAUGUCAUAGACAUUUUAAUAGCUACUGACAUUACUUACUACUGACAUGUUGGGUAGGCCCAGGGGAAGGCCAUAUUACGGCCAUGCUUACUUGAUAUCGGGUUAUUACGGCCUUGGCUACUUGAUAUCGUGUUAUUACGGCCUUGGCUACUUGAUAUCGUGUUAUUACGGCCUUGGCUACUUGAUAUGUGGUUAUUAAGGCCUUGGUUACUUGAUAUUGGGUUAUUAUGGCCUUGGUUACUUGAUAUUGGGUUAUUAUGGCCUUGGUUACUUGAUAUCGGGUUAUUACGGCCUUGGUUACUUGAUAUGUGGUUAUUACGGCCUUGGUUACUUGAUAUGUGGUUAUUAAGGCCUUGGUUACUUGAUAUCGUGUUAUUACGGCCUUGGCUACUUGAUAUGUGGUUAUUAAGGCCUUGGUUACUUGAUAUUGGGUUAUUAUGGCCUUGGUUACUUGAUAUUGGGUUAUUAUGGCCUUGGUUACUUGAUAUCGGGUUAUUACGGCCUUGGUUACUUGAUAUGUGGUUAUUACGGCCUUGGUUACUUGAUAUGUGGUUAUUAAGGCCUUGGUUACUUGAUAUUGGGUUAUUAUGGCCUUGGUUACUUGAUAUGGGGUUAUUAUGGCCUUGGUUACUUGAUAUCAGGUUAUUAUGGCCUUGGUUACUUGAUAUCAGGUUAUUAUGGCCUUGGUUACUUGAUAUCAGGUUAUUAUGGCCUUGGUUGCUUGAUAUCGGGUUAUUACGGCCUUUGUUACUUGGUGGCAGGGUAGCCUAGUGGUUAGAGCGUUGGACUAGUAACAGGAAGAUUGCAAGUUCAAACCCCCCCGAGCUGACAAGGUACAAAUCUGUCUUUCUGCCCCUGAACAGGCAGUUAACCCACUGUUCCUAGGCCGUCAUUGAAAAUAAGAAUUUGUUCUUACCUGACUUGCCUAGUUAAAUAAAGGUUAAAUAAACAUUGGGUUAUUAUGGCCUUGGUUACUUGAUAUCGGGUUAUUAUGGCCUUGGUUACUUGAAGUGCUAGGUGGUGGUGAUGACCACGGACUGAACUUGAUUAUUUUGUGUGUCCCAAAUUGUACCAUAUUUCCUACGUAGUGCACUAUAUUGGGAGUGGACAUUAUGUUCAUAUUUGAUAUAUUUUAUGCCUCUUGUGUUUCAGGAAUCAUUGAUUUGCCGACAAAUCGUGUCUUACUUUCCUUUGUAUUGAGUUUUGUCAUCGUUGUUGAAGGGAACUAUGAUCACGCUAGCCUGAGUUCUAGCCUGAGUUCUAGCCUGAGUUCUAGCCUGAGUUCUAGCCUGAGUUCUAGCCUGAGUUCUAGCCUGAGUUCUAGCCUGAGUUCUAGCCUGAGUGCCAGUCUGUCUGUGCUGUCAUGCCAACUCCUUGUCACUCAUUUAGCUUGACAAUGACAGCAUUGGAGUUAUCAAGAGAACAAACUGAUCUGGGACCAGGCUAUGCUCACCAGCUGUUAUGAUUAAAAGCUUUGACAUGAUGAGACCGGUCAGAAAUAUGCAGCGUCCCAUAAAACAACCCAGACCAGAACCGUAGGCCUGAUCACCGACAACGACGAGACAGCCUAUAGGGAGGAGGUCAGAGACCUGUCCGGGAGGUGCCAGGACAACAACCUCUCCCUCAACGAUGAG